CGAUCAACACUUUCACCAUCUCCGUCCAGUAGAGUCCUCCGCCUCCAGCAACGACAAGGUCCCGCCGAUGGACGGCUUGCCCUCGUCAUCGAAGUUCCCAUUAUCCUCGCCUCGUCGCAAAGAGAAUGCUUCGCAGGCUUUCGACAUCGUUCACCGGGCUCUGUCACCUCGCAUAGCUGUUCUAUCUAGUCCUGAUGUCGAUGAAAUUCUUAGGCCGAAUAACUUCGGUGACUUGUCUGACUGCUUGAGGCCCUUCGAAGAGAUAUUGCAAGGAGUCAUUGUACGCACCUCUCAACUGGAGAGCAAGCAGUGCCCCAGCUUUCCUAUCCGUUUCGAUCCUCUGAGCGCCUUCGCUGUACAACAGAGAGCCUCCAUCGAUCCAGAGAAUGCUACGGCAGGUAGAGACGUCCGACCGGAGGAGACGCUGGAUCGGAUCAACGCUCACGUUACUGCCAAUGCGCGAAAGUGGGAGGCGAAGACCUCUGAGCUGCAAAUAGAGGACGAAGGAGACGCUAGGAGGGUAGCCGAGUCUUCGAUAGAAGAUAUCACGCCGUGGUACACGUAUGGAAGAGAUGCUGUGCUCCGGAGUCGAUCCAUUAGUCGUCAUGAGACCUUCGGCCAUCCGGUCUGCAUCCUUCUUGCCGUUUCGUCCCAGUCGCCGGAUCCAUUGAACGCUCUCGCUUCGCUGUACGCCGCUACACAAGCUCAGAAUUGCGAUGCCUUUGGCGGCAGACCUUAUAUGGAUCCCAAUGUGUUGCGGUAUUAUGUGCUGAUACAUGACUGCGCUAAGGGGGCCGAUGUGGAGCAAUCGAAAGAGAUUCUAGAGACGGUCAAGCGUAUAUAUGGUCUCAAUUGCUGCAUCCUUCCUCUGAAUUCUGCUCCCCAGCCACAAGCUGAUGGCGAACCUCCGACUUCCACGGCUUGGUCAGAACAUCUUCAGCGGCUGAGGGGAUCGGGAUCCGGCUCUGAGAAGUAUCUGGACUCUUGGCCUUCUGGACAGCAAGGGCUACUGCUGUCCGAAGAUGAUGUCAAGAGGCUGGGCGGACUCGUUCGUGAGAUGGUGGCCCAGAGUCUUAUCCCGUGGAUGGAGAGAUGCGUGACACAGUGGAAUGAUUCAAUAGCCGCUUCGAGGAAGGGCUUGACUGGACGGCUUUUCGGUGCGGGGAAGAAGUUCUUCGGUAGCAGUACAAUGUCCAGAUCAGGCACCGGCACACCGGAGCGACCGAGCUGGGAUGCUCAUGGCAGCUUCUACCCAUACGCUGCUAUUGAAGCGCAGACUCGCCGACUCGCCGACUUUGCAUUCAUGACAAGAGACUACAAGUUGGCCGCUGCCAUGUACGAUGUCGGACGGAGAGACUAUGCCAAUGACAAGGCACAUCAUCAUGCAGCGGGAGCUACAGAAAUGUUCGGUCUAUCGCACCUGAUGAUCAUGUUGAGCUCACAAUCUCCACCGAUAGACGUCGACAGCUAUUUGGCUUCGGCUUGUAUGCAGUAUCGGCUUCCUGUCUCAAAAGCAAGCUCGAACGUUCUUCUACGGCCAUUGCGAGCAACCUUGCUGUACUACGAGGUCUACCGAGCGCUCGACUACUAUCGGUCUGCCCCAAGUGCCUUGAUUCGAGCUGCUCAAGACCCAGGGGCAGAUUUGGACGUCAUGGGCGCCAUGCUGAUAGAACAAGCAGCGAUUACCGAUCUGAGGAUCUUUGAUCGGCCGGCUUUGCGCAAGAUGGCAUUACACCUGGUCAUGGCAGGACAUCGCUAUCAGGAAUGCGGUGCCAAGCUGCUGAGCCUCAGGUGCUUCAGCGGAGCAAAGUCAAUCUACUCCAGGCACACGGCUCUGAAGAAGACUUUCCUUGACGGGGAAGAAUCUGGCGACAAAGACAGUGGCGAAAAGGAGAGCUCUGACGAACAGGCCCAUGACACCGAUAUGGAGUCCGAGGGUUGGACGAUGGUUCAAGCACACGUUGAGCACGAGCUGGGUCAGCAAGCUCUCAAUGAAGGUCAGACUGAUCUAGCCAUUGAGCACUUCUUGCGCACGAUUCGUCCCGUACGAAGCGACUGUGGGGAAGACGCAGCGUCUCUCGAGAAUAGAGGGGUGAUUCAUCAAGGCUACUUGAGUGAUCUAGCAGCUGCCUUCAGCUCACUAGGCGAGGGUGCAGGCAAAGGAGACGCUUUAGACUCGCCUUUCGACUUCUUCGAUGUUCAGAAAUCGCGCUUCGAGCUCGCGGAUGAGGCAGCGGAAGUAUCGGAGGAAUCACUUUGGAAAGACCUAGAGGAGCGAUUCAAUCUAGCCAGUGGAAGGUCAAUGGUAACGGAAGGUGGUAGCGGCAAAGGCUCCCGGGCGAGAGGCUCCUUCACAGCAGGAGUCCCGUUCCGCCUGCUUCUGCGGGUCGUCAAUCCUCUCUCUACACCUUUGACACUCUCGCAAGUCACUGUUCAAGUGACAAGAGACUCAGAACCUCAAACCUCCGUCACCGGCACGGAUAUGGAGGUCGACUCGAUUCAAGAUAUAGAGUUGGCGCCACAAGAACAGCGCGAUCUUCACGUCACUUGCAAGGCUUCCAGUCUCGGCCAAUUCAGAGCUACCAGUAUUAUUUUUCGCUUGGGAGGCAUUGCUCUCUUCUCACAGAGCUUGCACAAGAAUGGCCGGCGGCUCAACGAGACGAAAGAGCAGAGGGUAAGCCGCAAAGCCACAUACGCACCGGAUGAGACUCUUGCUGUCGUCAUCGGAGAGCCUUGCCCAAUUCUCGAGGCCCACUUGGUCAAUUGUCCCACCGCCCUGGGGUUCGGUGAGGAAGUCGACGUCGUCCUCAGGCUCACGAACCGAGGUAAUGUCUCAACCAAAAGAGGGGUCCGUAUGAUGGCCGACCAGCCCGAGAUGUGCACUCUUGCGGCAGCAUCGGAGCAGCCGGGGCCUCUAGUCACGGUCCCCAACUCUCUGACCCCUCCACAACUCAUCACCAUCUUGCGGUCCGAUGAGGAUCUAGAAGCAGGUCAGACGGUCGACAAGACCAUGCGGUUACGAGGUGCAUUGAUAGGAAAGAACAUCGUUUUGAGACUUCUCUUCGUCGCCGGCUCCGGUGCGGAGGACCAAGUCAGCCACAAGCUUUCUCAGACUAUCGAGGUGUACCCUGUUCUGGAUCUCAGCGUGGAGAUCAGCUCUGCACCUCAAGGCUUCGCCUGGGACUUAGCCAUACAAGCUGCUAAUGUACAUCCCGAUGGCCAGCCCGUCCGUAUUGCGGAUCUCAAAUUCGCCUCGCCUCGCUGGGAAACCCAAGAGACGAACCGCACUUUGUCUUCUGCCGCAGGAGAACCCCUACUGGUGCUUCAGCCUUCGCAGUCAGACCGGGCCCACGUUCCGGUAAGAGAGGCCGCCCUUGAGGAUGGUCAACUUGAUCCCAGCGCAAUGCUGGAGUACACAUCACAUCACAUCGCCGGACUUCUCCGAGGUAGAGACAUCGAGCGAAACGCAGUUGCAGGACCCUGCAGUCUACGUUUGAGCUCAACGGUGGGGAGCCCAAGUUCAAGUGCUAUGAGUCCUUUCCUACCCAUCGUCCGCUCAACGUGGCGUCAAACGCUUCUAAGCCAGGUCUUUCCGACGAUCUCUCCCGCUGAUCGAGACCGAGUCUUCACCCUGUAUAUCCCAGACGAUCUGGACGUCCUCGUCAAUUGGGAGUCUCACGACGGCCAGCACAAGGGUCAAAUCUUCCUCUUGGGCCUGACACUAGGGCCGAACCGCGAUGUUGUGCGAGACAUCGUCUCGUCCCUUGCUGCAGGAGCUGGCGGUAGAAGUCUGUACGAGGAGACUGCUCGUGAAAGGGCCGCUCUGCUGUCCAGCCUGAGUCGCAGCUAUCUGGGCACAGAAGACGACCCGCUCUACGUCGACAUCGAGGUCAGAGAGACCGACGCCGCCACCCUGGAGACGGUCCCCGUCGUAUUCGUCGUGAGGAACAUGUCGACAUCCCGAUCGGCUCGAUGCAUCAUUGAUCUGGACAGCUCCGUCGAUCCGAGCGCCAGUAGGUCCGGCCAUGCUCAGCGACAGCAAGACCCGCAACAUCCGGACCGCCUUCUGCACCUCAACACGGCCUCCUGGAUCGGACGACUGACGCUACGCAGUCAGACGAUCCCGCCUAGAGGCUCAGUGGAGCUGAUUGCUCAUGCCCGUCGGCCAAAAGUGGGACAAGAGUGCGAGUUGAGCGACUGGAGUAUCAAGUCAGAGGUACUGGGUGACAAGGGUCUCGAGGAGGUACUGAAACGGUUCAACAGUGGCAGGCUGAAGAGCGGCAAAGUGGUAUGACAUAACGAUGGGAGACGAGCAUAGGGACACAGCAUCGAGAGCGACGUUUAGAGGACGAACAUGUAUCUGUUACGAGCCGCCCUGAUUGCCAAUCAUAUCCAUCAGACUGCCCCAGUCCACUCCUUCCAGAGCAGCAUUGAAGUCUAUGCCUCCCAU